ACCUAAUCGCGUUGAGGUCUUAAAGUAGCCAGCAACUCAGCAAAAUGCAGAAUAAACCAUCGUUGGUAUCCAAAAUUGUUUCGGCAACAUGUCAGUGCCCUUUGUGCGACGCUAUGAUCCAACUCGAGACUUCGAGAAUGGCCUUCACGUUUUCUUCGCCACAAUCGAACCAAAGCUGGAUUGGGAGCCAACACGUACGAUCGGCUCUUAUCUCUGGUAUAGAGUCUAUGUAUACCUAGCAUCCGCUACUUGCUUUGUGCUCGACGAUGGUAAUGGACGCGCCGUUGGCUAUUGUAUUGGAACAGCCGACACAUCAAAGUUUGCAGAGAAAUGGCGCGAGGAGUUUGUUCCCACAGUAGACCUUGAGCAAGUUCCUAAGCCCGGUGUGCAGACUGAAGAUCCUUUGAUGGAGAAGGAAGAGACCAGAGGCUUCAGACAGGCAGUACACAACGCUGAAUGCAGUGGCUUACAAGCAUGGCCGAAAGAACUGGCGAAAUAUCCGGCGCAUAUGCACAUCGAUAUUUUGCCUGAGUUCCAGAGGAAAGGUUGGGGAUCAAUCCUCAUCAAUCAACUCUUUGAUGCAGUGAAACGCGAGGGUGCGCCUGGAAUACACCUCGACAUGGUCCGAUGGAAUACAACAGGGAAAAGCUUCUACAAGAAGAUCGGCUUUGAAAACUGCUCUCUGGUGCUAGAUGAUGGGAAGAGUGGGGAGACUGGGGUGAACGACAUCGUUUUGACACUGGUGAAAUCAUUCUAA